AUGAUCAAGGAGAUUCGAGAAGGACACAUGAAGGGUGAGGCAUCGAACCUCACAGUCCGCACUCGCUUAAGGCUGCAUAGUCGAAUUAGCUACCUGGAGCUUGCUAGGAACCAGGACUCGAAUAGGAUUGGUGGCGAAACUUCCACAUCGCGUGGAGUUGGCCGGAGUGCUAAUACGGCAUAUGGUCCUUUACCAACAGGCCCACAGUUCCAUAUUGCCGCAGCGAACCCCAUCGUUGCACCGCAUCAUGAGGGGCUCGACCCGGGAUGCUCCUGGCCCAGAAAGGUCUUGACCUGCCGAGGACACGAACACAGGCAUCUCGCCAGCCAUGCUGCAGAACAGCCUUCACCCGUGCCCAUUUUCGAGUCUAAUGGUUCCCGAGCGAUUAACUUUUGCCUGUCCGGGGGCGGUGUCGGGGCUGCUACUCGUGCAUGGCAGACCCCGGAGAAACAAAACCUCAAGAUUAGUGAAAUGAUACAAGUCGUCGUCAAUGCAUGUACCAAGAAUUUUCCCGAAGCCAUGUUGGCAACACUUUAUCUCGUCAUGUUUCGUUCUGUACCGGAUCCAGUCGAUGAUACCCUUCUACCCUUAACACAUACCGACAAAUUUCCCAGCCGUUCGCGCGACUGGUCUUACUCUUGGUCUCCGACGAUACCAGCUGGCUUCCACGUGACAGUACAGGCUGACGGCGCUGAAGUGGCAGACAAGAACAAGGCUGUACACGUAGACCAGGACGACCUUGAUGGAAUGAGGAUAUUGAAAAUGUUCUAG